AUGUCCGCACUUAUCCCCCGCCGUCCAGUCGCCGCUACUUUAAUUUCAUCCUCUACAUCCCUCACAUUUCUCAAUCUCUUUUUCUCGCGGCACUUCCAUGCGACUCCAUGUACAUCCAGUGGUCAUUCCAAAUGGUCUACUAUUAAGCAUGACAAGGCCAAGAACGAUGCAGCACGUAAUAAAUUAGCCACCAAGUUUGGAGGACAAAUUGCUGUUGCUGCUCGUGUUGGUGGUGCUGAUCCAGCAAAUAAUGUACGUCUGGCUAUGGCCAUUGAAAAUGCGGCUCGUGCAAAUGUACCCAAGAAGUUAAUUGAAAGUGCGAUCCGCCGUGGUGCUGGAUUAGAGAAAGAUGCCGCCGGUGCAAAGCCUUCAGAGCUUGCUGUUUAUGAAGGAUUGGGCCCCGCAGGUGUUGCGUUUGUGGUAGAGGCUCUUACUGAUAACAAGUCACGAACAGUGUCCCAGGUUAAGGCUGCAUUUUCCAAGGCUCAAGGUAGUAUGGCGCCUACCGCGUACAUGUUCCGCAAACAGGGCUGGGUGGAAUGUGCCCCGAAGCCCGGCCAAGAGUCUGCAGACGAUGCCUUUGACGAGCUUGCUGAUAUUCCUGGCGUUGAAGAUAUUUCGUCUCGUGCUGCUGAGGAAGGCGAGAUUGACGAUAAUAACAAUAACAAUAGCAGCAACUCCCAGAUUAUGCUGGUUGUUACUGCCCAAGUCGCAGAUACUGCACGCGUGGCCGAGGGAAUCAAGGCGGCCGGUUAUACCAUGAAGGAUAUGGGGAUUGAGUAUGCUCCCAAUGAUGAUGCCGCAAUUGUGGAGGCCGAUCUUGACGAAGAGGUCCGUACAGCUAUUGGCAAACUUGCUGGGGCUCUCGAUGAUCUCGAUGACGUUAUUGAGAUUUACACAAAUCUCGUCUAA